AUGGUAAGUUUGUCUGCAAUCUACAUGACUUUUCUCCUGCAACUUGCGUCCCAACAGCUUUUAAAAUAUAUUCCCACUUCUUUUCAAUUCUCAGACAAAAACUGCCAUUUCCAUUUGGCAACCGCCAGUCCCAUAUGUAUCCGCCAUCCGACUUCUCAUCCUCUCACGGCUCAACGGCCCGCCACAGCGGCGGCGAUGGACUCUCACGCUACAGCUCAGCUCCCAGCUCCGACUGGUUGGAUGCCAUUGACUCCGUCAUCAAUGGAGGCGCGUUUGACCACUCCGUCCUCGCCACCUCACAUCCUUCUCCGAUCGGUACUUCCCGUGACUUCUCUGGUUCCGCUGGAACGGGCGUGACAAGCAAGUCAACGGAGCAGGGCGGUAGUAAUAAAGCCGCCGCAGCUUCUACCAUCGAGGCAUCCUACGAUUCCCGCGACCUGACAUUUUCUUACGGCGGUUGUAGCGGCGGAGCGUCUACUUCAUCAUUGGUGCGUCACAGUAGUUCGCCAGCCCGGCUUCUCAACCAACUUGCUGCCGCUGUAGGUGACAAUAACGGAUUUCAAGUUUCAUUAAGCUCAGGAAGUUGUCAUAGUGUUCUUGAAAGCAGGCAAUGUAUAUCCAGGCUGAAUUCUCAGCUAAGUCUUGGAAGACAGGAAACUCUGUCUCAAGUAGCCUUGGGAAACGAGAAUGUUGUUGGUGGUAGUAACAACAUGGAGAAUGUAGGGAGCUUUGCCGUGGGAUCAUGGGGUAAUAACAAAAACCACUCAGACACUAUUUCUACAAUGGGGUCAUGGCGUGAAAAUGAAAUCCAGCCAGUGAUGUGUUCGGUUACUCCGUUUAGUCAGGCCAAGAACAUUAAUUGUGAUAUUGUUGGAGGCCUUGCUGAGAUGGAAACUCAGUUGCAAUUUGGCAUGCCACAUGAAGCACUACUCGAGAUGGAAACCAUGGAUAGCUAUUUGCACAUCCCUGAAGAUUCUGUUCCAUGCAAAGUUCGCGCUAAGCGUGGUUGUGCUACUCAUCCACGUAGCAUUGCAGAAAGAGAGAGAAGAACCAGGAUAAGUGGAAAGCUAAAGAAGUUGCAAGAUCUUGUCCCUAAUAUGGAUAAGCAAACAAGCUAUGCAGAUAUGUUGGAUUUUGCAGUCCAGCAUAUAAAAUCUCUACAAGAAAAGCUUCAGGAGUUGAAUAAGGACCGCGAACAAUGUACGUGUGGAGUUGUGGAUACAUGAGAAUGUAAACCAUGUGAAAGAUAAUACUUCGUAUAACUAAUCGGUCAAGUGAGGUUCAUUGUUGAGGAAGAGUUGGUGGCGACAGAGAGGGCCAUCUUCCAGGCAUUUGAUGCCCUAAUCGAAGAUGUCCCAAGCAGUCUGGUACGAGAGUUUACAUCAAUUCAAGGGCCAAUGAUGACAGCAAAAACAUUCACAUUCAGUAGCUUUGCGAGUUACUUUUACUGAAAUGAUUCAAUAUCGUUAUAUGGUAAUUUUAGGUAGUUGUAUGUAUUUGAUGUUCCUCUUAUUCCGAUAAAGAGCGAUGGGUUGUAACUUGUAAUUGGCUUUUCAAAGAAAAAUUCUUUUUGUGAAC